UAUAUAUAUAUAUAUAAAUCAGUCUGCGCAGCCAGAGACACAAACACAGAGGGGUGGUGGCUGAUACUGCAUGCCGUUAUUGCUGUCGAUAUUACAAAAAGAAGAUUGAUUGAUUGAGUUAGAAAAGAUGUGUGGAAUACUGGCGGUGUUUGGCUGUGUGGAUUGCUCUCAGGCUAAAAGAGCCAGAAUCAUCGAACUUUCUAGACGGUUGCGCCAUAGAGGUCCUGACUGGAGUGGAUUGCACAGCGAGGAUGACUGUUAUCUUGCUCAUCAAAGAUUAGCUAUUGUAGAUCCUGCUUCUGGAGACCAGCCUCUAUAUAAUGAAGACAAAACCAUUAUUGUCACGGUUAACGGGGAGAUAUAUAACCAUAAAGCAUUGAGGGAGCUACUGAAGUCUCACAAGUUCAAUACUGGAAGUGACUGCGAAGUGAUUGCCCAUCUUUAUGAAGAAUAUGGAGAAGACUUUGUCCAUAUGCUGGAUGGAAUGUUCUCCUUUGUACUUUUGGACACUCGUGAUAAAAGUUACAUAGCAGCUAGGGAUGCUAUCGGUAUCACCCCACUUUACUUGGGUUGGGGUCUUGAUGGUUCUGUGUGGUUUGCAUCAGAAAUGAAGGCCUUGAGUGAUGACUGUGAACAAUUUAUGUCUUUCCUUCCAGGGCAUAUAUAUUCUAGCAAAACUGGUGGGCUGAGAAGAUGGUAUAACCCCCAAUGGUAUUCCGAACGCAUCCCUUCAACUCCAUAUGAUCCUCUAGUUUUACGUCAUGCCUUUGAGAAGGCUGUCAUUAAAAGGCUUAUGACAGAUGUCCCUUUUGGUGUACUUCUUUCUGGAGGCCUUGAUUCGUCUCUUGUUGCUGCUGUUGCUUCACGCCAUCUGAUUGAUUCGGAAGCUUAUUGUCAGUGGGGAUCACAGUUGCAUACCUUUUGCAUUGGAUUGAAGGGUUCUCCUGAUUUGAGUGCUGCCAGAGAGGUAGCUGAUUAUCUUAAAACCCGCCACCAUGAGUUCUACUUUACUGUUCAGGAAGGAAUUGAUGCACUUGAGGAGGUUAUUUACCAUAUUGAAACCUAUGAUGUGACCACUAUUCGAGCUAGCACACCAAUGUUUCUCAUGUCACGAAAAAUCAAGUCUUUAGGAGUAAAAAUGGUUCUAUCUGGGGAAGGUUCUGAUGAAAUAUUUGGUGGGUAUUUAUAUUUUCACAAGGCACCCAACAAGGAGGAGUUCCAUGAGGAAACAUGUCGAAAGAUAAAGGCUCUUCAUUUGUAUGAUUGCUUGAGGGCAAACAAGUCUACUUCAGCGUGGGGCCUUGAGGCUCGUGUACCUUUCCUUGAUAAGGAGUUCAUUGAUGUUGCAAUGAGCAUUGACCCAAAAUGGAAGAUGAUUCAACGAGAUAUCGGGAGGAUUGAGAAGUGGGUAUUGCGCAAUGCAUUCGAUGAUGAGGAGAAACCUUAUCUGCCAAAGCACAUACUGUACAGGCAAAAGGAACAAUUCAGUGAUGGUGUUGGAUAUAGUUGGAUUGAUGGUUUGAAGGAUCAUGCAAACAAACUGGUUACUGAUUCGAUGCUCGCAAACGCAAACUUUGUCUAUCCUGAAAACACCCCUGCUACAAAAGAAGCAUACUAUUAUCGGACAAUCUUUGAGAAGUUCUUCCCCAAGAAUGCAGCAAGAUUAACAGUUCCAGGAGGUCCAAGUGUGGCAUGCAGUACUGCUAAAGCCGUGGAGUGGGAUGCAUCAUGGUCCAAAAACCUUGACCCAUCUGGCAGAGCUGCUCUCGGGGUUCAUGAAUCAGCCUAUGAAGAUACUGUUAAGACCAAGUAAAUGGUUACGUUCAGCAAGAACUAGCAGAGAAGGUGGAUCGUGGUAAUCUCAUUGUAGAUUGAUUUCUGAUAAUAAGAGCUACCAUCGAUCAAAUAACAAACCAUCUCUUCCUGUAAUUUUUUUCCUUAGAUAUUGAUCCAUUUAGGGUCUCGCAGUGACUGUUUCACAAUUUUAGCUUGCUUGUUAAUCAUGGUUUCGUGCCAUGAAGUUUCCUAGUGCGUAUUACAAUUAUUUUGUUCCUUUAUAUUUACACUUAUGCAAAACGUUUUCUUGUAUGGUA